CAAAAAAAAGUGUAACUUUUAUCGUCUGUUAUGUGUGUGUAGUAGAUAGCUGAUGUUAAUUUGUUUCGUUGUAACUAAAAGUUAACCGUAUUAGUAAUUAUAUUUUAAAAAAUAUUUUUGAAAUUUUUGUACGAAUUAAGUUUGAUUACUUUGUUAUAAUGACAUCUGGAGUUAAAGUAGCCGACGCUUGCAAAAUUAUUUACGAAGAAGUGAAGAAAGAUAAGAAACAUCGUUAUGUUGUUUUUCACAUAAAAGACGGAAAAGAAAUCGAUGUAGAAGUAAUAGGAAAUAGAAACCAAUCAUAUGAUGAUUUUCUGGAGGACCUUCAAAAGGGAGGCAAAGAAGAAUGUCGUUAUGGGCUGUUUGAUUUCGAGUACAGCCAUCAGUGUCAAGGAACGACUGAGGCCACUAAAAAACAAAAAUUGUUUUUAAUGUUGUGGUGCCCCGAUACCGCCACCGUAAAAAGAAAAAUGGUUUACUCGUCGAGUUUUGAUGCUCUAAAGAAAGCACUACAUGGAGUUAGUAAAACAAUUCAGGCGACAGACUUGAACGAAGCGUCGCAGGAAACGGUAGAAGAUAUACUUCGUAGGAAUGAUCGAGAAUAAAUUUACGAAUAAAUAUUUAUAUUUCAAGUUAAGUUACACAUCUAUCGCGAUGUAUUUAUCAUCCCAAAAUCAUCUGCUACGUGUGUCGUCUCGGCCAUUUUCUAGUCGCACGCACACAACCAGAUACCAGUUGUAUGUACAGUUGAGAAUUAUUCUCCUUUUUUGUCGUAUUUAUAAUUUUUUUUUUUGAUAUGGCGUAGCUUAUGUUUGAAAAAUUUAUACAUUUUGGCAGAUGCAUAAAAGCGCAGUGUGCAUUUUACUUUUUAUUGCUGUUAUAUUUUAUUGGCAUACAUAAAAAUAAUCGUUUCAUCAAGCUUUUUAAAUAUUUUGCUAUUAUAAACAUUUAGAUUUAACUUUUUUAAAUAUCAGUGUAUGUUUUUAUUCUUAAUUUUUAAUUAUUUUUACUCGGUCUCUAUUUUGAAAAAAAAACGCAUUUAAAGUGUCAUGUAUUUUGCGAUGAAUACAAACGAUUUUCAUUUACUUCGAUGUUUUUACUUCUAUCUAAAUGCGCAUGCUCUUCCAUUAAGUAUUUUCGAUUUUUUUUUUCGUUAUAUUUUUUUUACGAAUUCGAAUGUAGCAGAUAAAUUGAUAAUUAUUUAAUUGUAAACCCGAACGAUGGCACACAAGUAUUGUUUUAAUAUCGUGAAGUAAUUUAAAAAGAAAAUGCGAGUGAAAGUAUACCAAAAAUGUUGAAACUCAUUUCUAAAUUUUUUACUUUUUUCUCCUUUUAUAUCAUUCAUCUAAUAUAUUUAAUUCAUUUUAUAUCGCAAAAUAUUUUAGUAGGAAAUAAAUUGUAUGAUUUUUA